GAUAGGUCUCUCUAUAGAAGAUCUAGUGCGUUUUGAAUUCUCUGUCUAAUAAAAUUCUCUGCCCUUUUUUUUACUAGGAGAAAAAAAAUCCUCUGUUUAACCUAUACUGAAGUAGUAACCAAUUUCAUCCAAAGAGCUUAUAAGAUGGCUGAUGGAGAGGAUAUUCAACCACUUGUCGUUGACAAUGGAACUGGAAUGGUUAAGGCUGGUUUUGGUGGGGAUGAUGCUCCAAGGGCAGUUUUUCCAAGUAUAGUUGGUCGUCCUCGUUACACUGGUGUCAUGGUUGGAAUGGGACAAAAAGAUGCCUAUGUUGGUGAUGAAGCUCAGUCCAAAAGAGGUAUUUUGGCUCUAAAAUAUCCGAUUGAACAUGGUAUAGUAAGCAACUGGAAUGAUAUGGAGAAAAUCUGGCAUCACACCUUUUACAAUGAGCUUCGUGUUGCUCCCGAGGAGCAUCCCGUUCUUCUGACUGAGGCACCACUUAAUCCGAAGGCAAAUCGAGAGAAAAUGACUCAAAUCAUGUUUGAGACAUUCAGUGUGCCAGCCAUGUAUGUUGCAAUCCAGGCUGUUCUAUCUCUUUAUGCUAGUGGUCGCACAACUGGCAUUGUGCUCGAUUCUGGUGAUGGUGUGAGCCACACUGUCCCUAUCUAUGAGGGAUAUGCACUCCCCCAUGCUAUCUUGCGGUUAGAUCUUGCUGGUCGUGAUCUUACAGAUUAUCUCAUGAAGAUUCUUACAGAGAGAGGUUAUUCAUUCACCACUGCUGCUGAACGGGAGAUUGUCCGUGAUGUGAAGGAGAAACUUGCAUAUGUUGCAACGGAUUAUGAACAGGAGCUCGAGACUUCAAAGAACGGUAAGGAUGUUGAGAAGAGCUAUGAGCUUCCAGAUGGACAAAUAGUCACUAUUGGUGCUGAGAGGUUCCGUUGCCCUGAAGUCCUCUUCCAGCCAUCAUUGAUUGGAAUGGAAGCCGUCGGGAUUCAUGAAACAACCUACAACUCAAUCAUGAAAUGUGAUGUGGAUAUUAGGAGAGAUUUAUAUGGAAAUGUUGUGCUUAGUGGUGGCUCAACUAUGUUCCCUGGCAUAACUGAUCGUAUGAGCAAGGAAAUUACUGCUCUUGCUCCGAACAGCAUGAAGAUCAAGGUUGUUGCACCACCUGAGAGGAAGUAUAGUGUCUGGAUUGGAGGAUCAAUUCUAGCCUCCCUCAGUACUUUCCAACAAAUGUGGAUAACGAAGGGUGAGUAUGAUGAAUCUGGUCCAGCAAUUGUUCACAGGAAGUGCUUCUAAGAGUAGUUAAUCUCUCAUCAAAUGAAUUUUACUUGUUUGAGCUCUGCAUUUCGUGCAGUGUGAAUUCGUUUGGUAACAGAAGGGUAGAUCUAUGCUGUUUGGAUUUGCAACUUUAUUUAGUUUUGAAUAUUGAUAUAAGACACUUUAUGUUAUUGAAAAUGCAUAGAAUCUUUUCUUACCUUUUGUGAAUUUAACCUCAAACCAAGUAGAACUUCAUAAUAAUGAAUUGAAUCAAAAUAUGGUUGGAAUU